AUGGGCCCUGACGUCAUCCACCCGAGGGUGUUAAGAGAGCUGGCUGACAUCGUUGCGAGGCCGCUCUCCAUAAUCUUUGAGAAGUCGUGGGGAUCGGGGGACGUCCCAGAAGACUGGAAGAAUGCUAAUGUCACCCCCAUCUACAAGAAGGGCUUAAAGGAGGAUCCAGGAAAUUAUAGACCCAUCAGUUGUGCCUCAGUCCCUGGGGAAGUUACGGAACGAAUCCUCCUGGGGGCUAUCACAAGUCAAAUGAAGCACGCGAUUGGGAAAAGCCAGCAGGGAUUCACCAAGGGCAAAUCGUGCUUGACAAGUGUGAUGGCCUUCUACAACAAAGUAACCUGCCCUGUUGAUGUGGGGCGAGUGGUGGACAUUGUCUAUCUGGAUUUCUCCAAGGCUUUUGAUACAUUUUCCCACAGGCUUCUCCCAGAGAAACUGAUGCGUUACAGUCUAGACAAGUGGUCUGUGCGGUGGGUGGGGAACUGGCUGAUAAGUAAGCAGCAGCUCCAGACAAUCAAAGAUCGUUUCCAGGCCUUUCUCAACGGAGAAACCCAGAUUGUGGCAGAUGAAGCAUUUAUAAACGCUGUCCAGAGCUACUAUGAGGUAUUCCUGAAAAGCGACCGUGUUGCUAGGAUGGUGCAGAGCGGAGGGUGCUCAGCGAAUGACUCCCGGGAGGUCUUCAAGAAGCACAUUGAGAAGAGAGUGCGCAGCCUGCCAGAAAUUGAUGGCCUCAGCAAGGAGACGGUCCUGAGCUCUUGGAUGGCAAAGUUUGACGCUAUUUACCGUGGGGAAGAGGAUCCCCGCAAGCAGCAAGCCAGGAUGACGGCAAGCGCUGCCUCGGAGCUCAUCCUCAGCAAGGAGCAGCUCUACGAGAUGUUCCAGAAUAUUUUGGGGAUCAAGAAAUUUGAGCAUCAGCUUCUGUACAACGCGUGUCAGCUGGACAACCCAGAUGAGCAAGCAGCACAGAUCAGACGCGAGUUAGAUGGACGUCUUCAAAUGGCAGAGCAAAUUGCCAAGGAGCGCAAGUUUCCGAAGUUUGUGUCCAAAGAAAUGGAAAACAUGUACAUUGAGGAGCUGAAGUCGUCUGUCAAUCUCCUGAUGGCAAACUUGGAGAGCAUGCCUGUGUCUAAAGGAGGCUCCGAGUUCAAGCUACAGAAGCUGAAACGCAGUCACAACACCUCAAUAAUUGACAUGGGAGAAGAAAACGAGAACCAGCUUUCCAAGUCAGAUGUCGUGUUGUCGUUCUCCCUGGAGGUUGUCAUCAUGGAGGUGCAGGGUCUGAAGUCACUGGCCCCCAACCGCAUUGUGUACUGCACCAUGGAAGUCGAAGGUGGGGAGAAACUGCAGACUGACCAGGCUGAAGCCUCAAAGCCAACCUGGGGCACCCAAGGAGACUUCACGACAACACACGCGCUUCCUGCAGUGAAGGUGAAGCUGUUCACAGAGAGUACAGGAGUGCUGGCUCUGGAGGACAAAGAGCUUGGGAGGGUUGUUCUCCACCCUACUCCCAAUAGCCCAAAGCAAUCAGAGUGGCACAAAAUGACUGUUUCCAAAAACUGCCCGGAUCAAGACCUGAAGAUCAAGCUUGCCGUGCGAAUGGAUAAGCCUCAAAACAUGAAACACUCUGGAUAUUUAUGGGCCAUUGGUAAAAAUGUUUGGAAGAGAUGGAAGAAACGAUUCUUUGUCCUGGUCCAGGUUAGUCAGUAUACAUUUGCUAUGUGCAGCUACCGGGAGAAAAAAGCUGAACCUCAAGAGCUGCUGCAGCUCGACGGAUACACUGUGGACUACACCGACCCGCAGCCAGGUUUGGAGGGCGGCAGAGCAUUCUUCAACGCUGUGAAGGAAGGAGACACGGUGAUUUUUGCAAGUGACGAUGAGCAGGACCGUAUCCUGUGGGUCCAAGCGAUGUACCGAGCCACCGGCCAGUCUCACAAACCUGUGCCGCCUACCCAAGUGCAAAAGCUAAAUGCUAAAGGAGGAAAUGUACCCCAGCUAGACGCCCCAAUCUCUCAAUUUU